CUUCAACAGCGCUAUUAUUGCGACCUUACGGCUACGAAAUCAUUCACUACUUACCCUGGGGGACCGGUAUUAGCUAUAAUCUGUUGGACUUCAUCAAACGUCGACAUGGCAUCCGCAGCCGUGAAGCGCCGGAAGAUAUCCCAUCCGACACCCAAGGAUGCAGAUCUUCCUUCUUCCAACGGAGUGAGAGAACCUGAAAAUGACUUUUCGGAUGAAGAGUUGGACGAAGAAGAAGAACUUGAAUCCGGAAGUGACUCCGCGGAUAGUGCCCCUGCUGAUGACAGGAAUGGUCCCAAGGCCAAGGCAAACGGGCGUCGCCGUGCUGAAAAAAGGGAUGACACUAUGAUGGGAGAAAUGUACACCGGGGCAAUCUUCAAAUCCAACUUGUUCAAGCUUCAAUGCGACGAUCUCCUGGACCAGGCCAGACCCAGAGCUGGACCCAGGGAAGCCAGUAUCGACAAGGUCGUCAGGACCCUGAGAAAAUUCAUCGAGACGAUUCCAGAUACUGAGCCACGAUCUGUAUCGGAAGCGGAAAAAGCAUUGCUGAAGCAGCACAAGACAGCUGUACCCUUUCCUGAUCCGCGCCCCCCAAAAGACGCGAACUACAAGCUGCAAUAUCUCAAGCCUUCGUCCAUUACUGUGAGCGGCAGUUACCAGACCAAAAGGUUUAACAGGGUUGGGGAAGAGCUAGGCGUCGACUUGGUUGUGUGCAUGCCAUCAGCUCUGUUUCAAGAGAAAGAUUAUUUGAACUACCGGUACUUCUACAAGCGUGCCUACUAUCUUGCGCAGAUCGCAUCGGCCCUGCUGAGCUCCUCGGCGCACAAGUUCGACGUCUCCUACAGCUAUCUCAAUGGAAACCGCUUGCAUCCAAUCCUCGCUAUUCGGUUUGCAAAAGGUGGGAGCGAAGAUGGGCUUGCAAAAACGAAGUCUUUCAUUCAAAUCAUUCCGAGCUGCCAGCCGAAUCAAUUCCCUCGCGAGAAGAUUGCGCCACACAAGAACUGCGUUCGACCUCGAGGAGAAGAAGGGCAUGCCAAUCCCGAGAAGCUCCCGCCAACCCCCUUUUAUAAUGCCUCGCUCCUCGCCGAUGCUAGCCCGCUCGUUCUAUCGAAGCUUAUUGAGGGUGCUUCAAACCACUGCGAUGGAUUUCAAGACGCCUGUCUAUUUGGGCGAAUUUGGCUGAGGCAAAGAGGACUUGGUGGAAGCAUUGCUAAUGGUGGAUUCGGCAAUUUUGAAUGGGCCUCGACCAUGGCGACGCUUUUGCGACACCGCAGCAAUGUCCUCUCCCCUGGGUUCAGCAGCUACCAGCUCUUCAAAGCCACAUUACAAUUUCUGGCCAACAACGACCUUCGCUCUCAGCCGUUUGUUUCUCACAAUCCGAAGAGCUUUGGCACUUGGACACAGGGAGAUUGUCCUGUGUUUAUUGAAGCCGAGAGUGGAGUCAAUCUGCUUUAUAAGGUUCGGUCCUGGUCAUACGAAUCGCUGAGGCAAGCUGCAAGGUCAUCCGUGACAGCACUCGGGGACACGGUUUUCGACCAGUUUGAGUCUACAUUCAUUCAACGAGCCGAUUCUUCGUUCCUCCGGUAUGACUUCCGUCUUACAGUCCCUCAACAUGACCUUCUAGUCAAGGGCAGCCUCGAGACAUUGGAAGAGCGAUGUAGUCGAUUGCACAAGACAUUGCUCAAGGGUCUUUCAGAUCGCGUUGGCCUGAUCACCUUCAAACUCCCCGAAUUCCAGGUCUGGAAAUGCGAUGCAAACCCACGCUCGGAUGAAAAGGCAAGGAUCCAGAUCGGGUUCGUCGUCCAUCCGCAGCACGCCUUCAGGCUUGUGGAGCACGGCCCGUCGGCCGAAGAAAAGGCGAAAGCAGACGCUUUCCGGAAAUUCUGGGGCAACAAAGCUGAGCUCAGGCGGUUCAAGGAUGGCAGUAUCCUGGAGAGCGUGGUGUGGGAGCAGAAGCCGGGCGUUUCUGUCUUUGAACAAAUCGUCCUGUACCUGCUUGAACAACAUUUUGGUGAAGCGGUUGCGCAAGCAAGUCAUCUAGAGGGAGACCAAACGGGGAAGCUUCUGCCUGGAGGCGGGCAAGAUGUAACCGCUCCGACAGCCCCUUUCCAAGGGCUUCUCUCCGCAUUCACGACUUUGACGAAUGACCUGCGAUCCAUGGACGGUUUGCCACUGCAGAUCCGUCAUAUCCAAGCAACCGAUCCUCAAUUGCGUUACUCUUCCAUCCAUCCUCCAUCGUCGACCACGAGUCCUGCCACCAUGACACUAGAAUUCGAAGGCUCUGGACGCUGGCCGGAUUCCCUCCAAGCAAUUCAAUACACGAAGGUUGCCUUCCUCCUCAAGCUCUCCGACCUCCUCUCCGAGCACUCUUCCUCCUACCAUGCCCAAGUCGGCAUUGAGAACCGCAUGCACCCGAUCGAAAACCAAGCCUACCUUGACAUCACCACCCCCUCCCACCACAUCCUCCGCCUCCGCAUCCACCACGACCGUGAAACCGCCCUCCUCAACCGCACCCUCACCCAACCCCCCCACCUCACCACCCCGGCUUCCCGCGACGAAGCCGCCUUCGCCCUCUCCGCCUACAAAUCCACCUUCCCCCGCCCCGCCGCCCACACCCAAGCCCUCGCCACCGCCGCCACCCGAUUCCCGGCCCUUAGCCCCGCCAUCCGCCUCCUGAAGCGCUGGUUCGCCUCGCAUCUCCUCCUCCCGCAUUUUGCACCCGAGACCAUCGAGCUGCUCGCCCUGCGUGUGUUCCUGCAUCCCGAGCCGUUCGGCGUCCCGGGCACGCCGACCGCUGCCUUCCUGCGCACGCUCGCGGCGAUUGCGAGGUGGGAUUGGCGCGGAGAGCCGUGGUGCGUGGAUUUUGGGAGGGCGAAUAUCGAGAAAAAUGGGGGGGCGGGAGAGGGCGGGAUGAGUAAGAGCGAGUAUGCGGAGGUGGUCACGAGGCUGCGCGCGUGGCGGAAAGUUGACCCCGGGAUGACGAGGGUGGCGCUGUGCGUGGCUAGUAGUAUUGAGACGGACGGGGCGGCGUGGACGGAGCGGGGGAUGCCGCCGGUGGUGAUUGCGGGGAGGAUGACGGCGUUAGCGAGAGCGGCGGUGGAGGAGGUGAAGCGUUGGGAGAGGGAGGAGGGAUUGAUGAGUUUGGGGACGUUGUUUGAUUCCGGAGUUGAGGAUUUUGAUUUUGUGGUGGAGUUGGACGCGAAGGCGAUUGCCCGGGCGAGAAAUCCGCAUGAAGAGAAUGCGCGGUUCAAGAAUUUGGCGGGGGGGAAGGCGAAGGAUGCGAUGGCUGGAUUUGAGCCGGUCAAGUGGUUUGUGCAAGAUUUGGAGCGGCUCUAUGGCGACAUCAUGGUUCUGUUCUGGGAUUCGGAUGGAGGAAACAAGAUUGCUGGGUUAUGGAACCCGAGUGCAGAACGGCGACCGUGGAAGGUGAAGAUUGGGUAUUCGACGAUGCCGAUCGAAGCCGGCCAGGAUCCAAAAGAAGGGGGUGACGGAAAGUUCACAGCGCUCAUCAACAAGAGAGCGAUCCUGGGCGAGAUCGCAAGGCUAGGGGGUGAUAUGGUGAGCAAGGUUGCGGAGUCGGCAAAGUAGUGGUUAAUUGAGGGGAAUAAUUCAUUUGAUCAUCAGAUCUAUGUAUCAACAAACG